AUGUCAAAAGCUUGCGGUGAAUUUCUCAUUCUUUCUUGGUUCCUCGCUCUUGCUGUAGUAUCGUCACAGAGUACAAAGUACCAGAAGGGCGACCCAGUCCCGUUGUUUGCCAACAAGGUGGGACCUUUCGCGAAUCCAAGCGAGCAAUAUGAAUACUACACCUUGCCUUUUUGUGCUCCACGUGAGGAGUUCAGAAAGAGUCAACAUCUUGGCGAAGUGCUUGCUGGGGAUCGAAUGAUGAAGACUCUCUUCACUCUUCCCUUUCUUGUUCCCUUUGAAAGCAAGAAAUUGUGCUCGUACAAGUUGUCCAGAAAGGACAUCGAAGCAUUUCAACGUGCAAUUGAUGAUGAUUACUAUUUUGAAUUCAUCUAUGAUGACCUUCCGCUUUGGGGAUUCAUUGGUGAAAAGGAAACGAAUCUUGUUGAUGGACAAAAUGUCACGUCAUACUUCCUUUUCACUAAUUACAUCUUUUCGAUGGCAUACAAUAAUGAUGGUCAGAUCGUGGAAGUGAAUUGGGAACAUGAUCCAAACAAUCGCCUCGACAUAUCGGAUUCCACUGAGUCUCGUCCAAUCUCCUUCUAUUACUCCGCUCGUUGGUCCAAGUCGCAUCUCCCAAGUCGUGACCACGUGGAGCAACCGUCGCCUCAGCACCUGGAGAUUCGAUGGUUCUCAAUCUUCAACUCCAUCGUCACUGUUCUCCUCUUGACCGGAUUCCUUGCAACCAUUCUUGUCCGCGUGCUGAAGAAUGACUUCUUGCGCUAUUCGCGAAUGGACGAAGAGGAUCAUGAAGCUGAAGAGAGCGGGUGGAAACUUGUUCACGGAGAUGUGUUUCGAUAUCCUCCCCAAAAAGAGCUCUUCUGCGCGAUUCUAGGAAACGGGACGCAGCUUCUCUGCCUGUGCAUCGGAAUUCUCUUCCUUGCAUGCUUGGGAGUCUACAGCCAGUACAACCGAGGAGCGUUGUUUGUCGCAGCUCUCUUCAUCUUUGCGUUCACGUCUGGCAUCAACGGGUAUGUCAAUGGGAAUAUGUACGCGAAGCUUGAGGGAUCAAACUGGGCUACAUUCUUGAACUUUGUGGCUGUCUCGUACAAUUCCUCGACGGCUCUUCCUUUUGGAACCAUCGUGAUUAUCCUCCUCAUCCUCACCCUCGUGAGCUUCCCUCUCAAUGUCAUCGGAGGGAUUUCUGGGAGGAAUUUUUCUAGUCCCAUGGAUGCCCCUUGCAGAACGACCAAGAUGCCUCGGGAGAUUCCUCCCCUCCCAUGGCACAGGAAAGCUCCUUGGCAGAUCUUGAUGGCUGGAUUUCUUCCUUUUAGUGCCAUCUACAUCGAGCUCUACUACGUGUUCGCGUCUGUCUGGGGCCACCAGUUGUACUCCUUGUACGGCAUCUUGACACUGGUUUUCAUUAUCCUCCUUGUCGUAACGGCUUUCAUAACGAUCGCUCUGACCUACUUCCAACUUGCGAUCGAAGACCAUCAGUGGUGGUGGCGCUCGAUCUUCAGCGGAGGCUCAACCGGAAUCUUCAUAUUUGUCUACUGUAUAUAUUGUGUGUUUCGGAGGGUAGGAAGGGCUUGUAACACAAUUUCAGGUUUCAUGCAAACUUCUUUCUUCUUCGGGUACAUGGGCGUCGCGUGCUACGGCGCGUGGCUUCUUCUCGGAUCCGUCGGGUUCUUUUCCUCCUUCUACUUCGUCCGUUACAUUUACAAGAACAUCAAGUGCGAGUAG